AUGCCAUCCUCGAAGCUGGGGAAUGAGGGGAUCCAAGAACUCAAGUCGUCCGAAACCGCAUAUACCGAUGCUCUGAAUACAGUCCCCCAGUCCACGGAAGACGGCAACAACGAUGUCGACAAGGAACUCCAUGAUUCACAUACCGCGAUGGAAGGAAAGGAUAUUGAGACCAAUUAUCCUCCAUCUUCGUCCGAUGCGGAAAAUGAUCCUCCGGUAACGGUACCAAGACUGAAGCGCCGAGGACUGUUUGGACAGCUCACUCUGCUGGCAGAGGUUGAGAAUCCGAAGGUUUAUCCUCGAAAGACCAAAUGGUUCAUCACAUUCAUCGUUGCAAUGGCAGGGUCGACCGCUCCUAUGGGUAGCGCGAUAUUGUUUCCUUCACUUUCCCAGAUAUCGAAAGAGAUGAAUGCGAGCACCACCGUGGCCAACCUGAAUAUUUCCCUCUACAUGCUUAGCAUGUCAAUUUUCCCCCUUUGGUGGUCAUCUUUUAGCGAGAGGCUAGGGAGGCGAACGAUAUACCUCGUCUCAUUCUGCCUAUUUGUCAUAUUCAAUGUUCUUAGCGCCCUUUCCAGCUCAAUCGCCAUGCUGAUAGUCAUGCGAAUGCUGAGCGGUGGGGCGUCGGCCUCGGUGCAGGCUGUCGGUGCAGGCACAAUCGCGGAUAUGUGGGAUCCUCAAGAGCGAGGGCGCGCGAUGGGCAUCUUCUAUCUGGGGCCUCUAUGUGGCCCUUUGAUUGCCCCCAUCGUCGGCGGCGCUCUGGCAGAGAGGUGGGGAUGGCGGAGUACGAUGUGGUUUUCGGCAGUCUACGGCGGUAUUCUGGUCAUUUUCAUCUUCCUAGCCCUCCCCGAAACACUGGCUCGGAAGAGCCCAGUAGCCGAAGAUGACAGCCGCGCCCCGGUAGAGCGGCAUCUUAGUCGAAUAUCAUCUCGUCAGGUCGUUCAUUUCACUGCCCGAUGGCUGAAGGUCCUGAAGAUGAUCUUGAUUGAUCCCCUCAAGAUCGUGCUCUACUUGCGCUACCCACCGGUUUUGCUGACCGUAUAUUACGCCAGCAUCACCUUCGGCUCUCUCUAUGUGUUGAAUGUCAGUGUUGAACAUACCUUCGGGGCAAGCCCCUAUAACUUCAGUACGCUCAUCGUUGGGUGUCUCUACAUCCCAAACUCGCUGGGCUACAUCACAGCCAGCACCUUUGGAGGUCGGUGGAUGGACAACAUCAUGCAGCGCGAGGCGAAACGGGCCAAUCGAUAUGAUGAGAAAGGCAAGUUGAUCUAUCGUCCAGAGGACCGCAUGCGUGAGAACGCGUGGCUCGGUGCUUUCCUCUAUCCGGCCGCAUUGAUCUGGUAUGGUUGGACGGCCGAGAAGGGGGUAUUCUGGUUUGCACCGAUGGUGGCCAAUUUCUUCUUCGGUGUCGGGUCCAUGCUUAUUUUCAGCAUGGCGACCACUAUGCUAACCGAGUUCAUGCCUAAAAAGUCCUCCGCCGGGGUUGCCCUGAACAACUUUAUGCGGAAUAUCUUCUCCUGUAUUGGUUCGCUCGUGACGGCGCCCAUCAUCGACGCCAUCGGCAACGGCUGGUUGUUCACGAUCCUUGGGCUGGUGGCAUUCGCCAGCAGCUCGGUGAUCUUCGCCAUGAAGGUAUUCGGGCCUCGCUGGAGGAAGUCGAUGGAUGGUCUGAGUCAUUAG